ACGAUGAGCAGACACCGGAGACCGAGAUCGCGCCCGUCGCUGGCCUCGUCCUUCCCGCUUCUCAUGCUGGCUGCGCUGUGUGCGCUCCUAGCUGCGUCCCACGUGCCCGGUGCGGCGGCCUCGCAGGGCGACCGCUCGCCCGAGUACCAGCAGUGCGUCGAGUCGUGCGUCAAGGACCAGUGCAGCUCGAACCCCAACUGGGACGACGGCAUGGCAGCGACGACACACCUGCCGUUCAUCCUGCGUGCAACCGGGUGGACAUGCCAAGACGACUGCCGUUACCAUUGCACGCAUCGCGUCACCAACGACGCCAACGAUCGCGUCAAGCGCAUCCGCGAGGAGGCCGAGGAGGCCGUGCGCGUGCUGGCCGAGGCCGCCGAGCAGGACGGCUCGCAGGGGCGCGGCGGCAUGUCGCGGGCGGCGCAGGUGGCCAAGGUGGAGGAGCUGGUGCAGAGCCGGCUGGCACAGCUGCGGCCCGUGCAGAAGCAGAUGGUGCAGUAUCACGGCAAGUGGGUCUUCAUCCGCGUGCUGGGCGCGCAGGAGCCGCUCAGCGUGCUGUUCAGCCUGCUCAACCUGCGCGUGCACGCGCUGGCCGUGAUGCGUCUGCGCGCCGAGCUGCCCGAGCUCUUCCCGCUCAAGGUCAUCUACGUGCUGCAUGCGCUCGUGAGCUGCAACGCCUGGAUCUGGUCCGCCAUCUUCCACGCGCGCGACAAGCCGUGGACCGAGCGCCUCGACUACUUCUCCGCCGGCGCUGCCGUGCUCUCGGGCUGCUUCUUCUCGCUCUGCCGCCUCUUCCGCUGGGGCCCGUCACAUCCGCGCUUCACCCUGCUGGCGCGGACGUGCGGCGUGGCGCUCUUCCUGCACAUUCUCUACCUCAGCAUCGGCCGCUUCGACUACUCGUACAACAUGACGGCCAACAUUCUCGUCGGCGCGCUGCACAGCGUCCUGUGGCUCGUGUACUCGUUCAACCCUGCCGUCUUUGCCGCACGGCCUGCGGGCAACGUGCGGCCGCUGAGCCGGCGGAUAGAUGACCGGCCGCCGAACCAGAUCGGCGGCGGCGGCUCGCCGCCGAUGCCCGUCAUCUCGCCUGGCAUGGCGGCGCCGACGUCGCGGGCUGCGCGGCGUAAGCUGCAGCUCAUUAUCGGGCUGCUCGUGCUGGCCACGAGCCUCGAGCUCUUCGACUUUCCGCCGAUCAUGCGCGCCCUCGAUGCGCACGCCCUCUGGCAUCUCGCGACGGUGCCGAUCGCGUCGCUGUGGUACGACUGGCUCGUCGAGGAUGCGCGCGAGUGCGUCUCGAGCGGCUGGUGGGCCGGCGAGGGGCUGCGCGACCCCGCGCUCGACGUGGCGCCGCACGUCGCUGUCGCCAUCGAGCGUGCCCGGCAGUACGCCGUGCAGACGACGCAGAGCGGCCACGCCGUCGGCGUGCAGCUCGUCAACCGCCUGGCGGCGCUGCGCACCAACAGCGAGCGCGAGGUGGAAAAGGCAAAGGAGCUCCACGUGCGCAGCGGCUCGGGCGUCGUGUAGCGCCUCGUCGGCGUCUGCCCGCCAGGGCUCUUAGAAAGGCGCAUCUCGUCGCAUCUCGGCGAGAGCCGAGACCAUUCUCUUUCAUCAUCGUCACUGUUGUUCCACGAGUCUCGCAAAUAAAGCACUGCGCCUGUCUUCU